CAAAUUCUAAAAUCUUUAAAAACUUUUAAACUGCAACAAAAAAAAACCCAUUCAUAAAAGCUAUUGAGAACGUUUCCAGUACUUUUCACAGAGCUUGUCGCUAAUCUUUGCCAGCAUAUUCAGCGAUGAUAACAGAAGUAAACCAAAUAAAAGUAACCCACGAGUUCGCAAACUGUUCGAUAGCCGUCGGCUAAUUAAAUCGUCUGCCAACAGAUGAAAAAGUUACCCAAAAAAAAGUGGAGAAUAAAAAUAAGAAGGAAGCUGGGCUCAAAGCCAAGCCAAGUUGACAGAAACAUAUGGCAACAAAUCCGAGUUUUUGGCAGGACUCUCUGAACACUCUGAAGCACACUUUGUGGCCGAUCAUUGGACAACGAACAUCGAAACAAUCAUCCGACAUUGAAAUCUCUUACGCCGAUAGAGAAUCUAGGGCCGAGACUUUAGGUUAUCAUUACUUGACCUCUCUCGUUCAGAUCUAUUGAGCGGAAUCCACAUCCGCUUCAGAUUGACUUCAACGAAAUAACGAAAUUCAGUUCGAAAUUCAUUUUGUUUGCGGGCAGUCGAAACAUUUAAAAUGGGCGGAAUAAAAUUUAACGGAGUUUUCUUCCUGAUGGUCCUUCAAAUAUUCUUGGUGGCUACAAUAACUGGAGAUGAAACGUGCGAAUCAGACCGAAAAAUGGAAGAACAGUGCCGGCUUCAUAACUACAAGACUGUUAAACCUUUGCUAGAUUAUUUCAGGCAGGUUAGAAAUGAGAUAGAACAAAGUGAAAAUAAGGAAAAGCAGAUAAGUGAAUUAAAUUCUGAUCUUAUGGAAAAAUAUCAUGAAAUUGUAAGAAUUCAUGAAACAUUCAUGAAGGAGGCAGCUCUAUUAAAUGAGUAUAAAAACAAAGUAAUCAAAGGGAAAAACGAUUUGCAAUUGUGUCAAAAUAAAGUUGAUAAAUCUGAAUCUGAAAUUAAUUCAUUAAAAGAACAACUAACAGAUAAAUCCAUCAAAUUAGAAACUUGUCAAGUUCAAUUAAAAUCUGUUAAUUCUAGUUUAAUUGAAAAAGAUGAAAAUAUAAAGAUAUUUAGUGAGAAUAUUAAAAAUAAUACAGAACAUCAGAAAACACUUGAGUUGAAAUUAGAAAAGAGUAAAUCUAUAUUAGUAAAGCAUGAAAAAGAUAUUCAGUUAUGUCGUUCAGAAAACAACAAAUUAAAUAGGACAUCAGAGAACAUUAGAGAAGAACACAUAAACAUUCAAUUGAAAUUAACAGAAAGUGAAACUAAGCUGAUAGAUAAAGUAAAGGAAAAUCAGUUAUGUCAAUCUGCACUUCAUAAAUUAAGUCCCACAACAUGCAUCCCUUUCGGAGAAAAUCCAGGAGUUCAUCAACUCAAUGUCUCUGGCAUAGGUUUAUUCAAUGUUUUGUGCGAUAGUCAGUUAGCUGGACCUGGAUGGAUUGUAAUACAACAACGAGUUGGGGGAAAUGAGAGUUUCGAUAGGGAUUGGGCAACGUAUCGCAAAGGUUUCGGUUCUUUUGAAAGUGAUUUCUUUCUUGGAUUAGAAAAAAUACAUCGUAUCACGAGCUUGCAGUGUUUUGAACUUUACAUACAUUUGGUUGAUCUGGGUGGAAGUGCCAUCUACAACGCUCGUUAUGACGACUUCAAAAUAUCCGAUGAAGAUAAUGGAUAUGCACUGAGUUUGGGUAAUUUCACUGGAACUACUUUUGGAGAUGGCAUGAUAUACACAGAAAAUAUAAAAUUCACAACAUUCGAUCACGACAACGACAAAGAUGAUGAUGAUAAUUGCGCAGUCUUGAAUGAAAGUGGCUGGUGGUACAAUGAAUGUUUUCCUUCUAGUAAUUUAAAUGCACCAUAUGGGCCACUUCUACGUUGGUGGGACAAAAGUUACAAGUAUAUUUUUAAUCUUAAAGAAGUUAAGAUGCUAAUUCGCCCCAAGAAGAGAUGAAGAAGUGAUAAACUGAAAAGCUGAAAUUCCCAUAUUUGACUCAAUUGUGUAAUCAUAUAUAUAUAAUUUGUGCAUUAAGAAAUUGCGUUCUGAAAAAUAAAACGAUCGACUAUUU